CAUAAGGGUUGCGUCACUGCUCCUGAGUCUGCUGUGUGUUCAUCUAGAAAUGUAUUUAUAAUUGUAAGAAACAUUGUUUUUUUUUUAUUCAGCAGGCUCCACUGAGAUAUCUGAACAAACAGAUGAAGAUACUGUGCUGCGAGUGAUGAAACUGAAUGAAAUCUGCAUUACAUGCCACUGAAGAUGGAGAUUGUUAAAGAGGAGUUUAAAGAGGAGAGUGAAGACGUCAGUAUUUCAGAACCAUUCAGACUGAAGAAUGAAGAUACUGAACAAAAAGACCUGAUGAAGCUGAAAGAGGAAAGUGAAGCACUGAAUGAAGUGGAGGAGAUGCAUCAGUACCAGAAACCUGAUAAUUUCAUGAUUGGAAAAAAAUCUUAUAAUUGCUCACAGACUGAAAAGAAACACUCAGGAAAAGAAACUCAAAUAAUACAAAUACAACAUUCUUUCACCUGCCCUCAAUGUGGAAAGAGUUGCAAACAUAAAGUAGCCCUUAGAAAGCACAUGAGAAUUCACUCUGGAAAGAAACCUUUCAAAUGUCAGCAGUGUGAAAAGAGUUUCUUGGUUAAAGGAAGCCUUGAAAGGCACAUUAGAAUUCACACUGGAGAGAAACCUUACACAUGCCCCCAGUGUGGAACGAGUUUCACACAUAAAUCAAGUCUUAAUAUCCACAUGAGAAUUCACACUGGGGAGAAGCCUUACUCGUGUCAUCAGUGUGGAAAGAGUUUCACACAUCGCAAAAGUUAUAAUGAGCACAUGAGAAUUCACACUGGAGAGACUCCAUACACAUGCCUUAAGUGUGGAAGGAGUUUAAUAGACAAUAAUUCCCUUAAACAUCACAUGAGAAUUCACACAGGGGAAAGACCUUUCACUUGCCAUCAGUGUGGCAAGAGUUUCAUCAAUAAAUAUUCCCUUGUGGAUCACUUGAGAAUUCAUACUGGAGAGAAGCCUUUCACAUGCCCUCAGUGUGGAAAGAGUUUCACAUAUAAACCAAGUCUGAAUAUUCACUUGAAAACUCACACUGGAGAGAGGCCUUUUACAUGCCUUCAGUGUGGAAAGAGUUUCACACAUAAAGGAAAUCUGAAAAUCCAUCUAAGAACUCAUACUGGAGAGAGGCCUUUCACAUGCCUUCAGUGUGGGAAAAGUUUCAGAAAAAAAGCAACACUACGAGCUCAUAUGAAAUGUCAUUCAAAAUUACACCAGUGUUCUAACGACUAAAAGAGUGAAAUUGUGUUAACUGUUAAAGGAUGAAUUAAAUAAGAACAAAAUAUUAUUUUGUGCAAUUACCAUUUAAUUACCAAUAUGCCUAUUUUGAGAGACAUUAUUAUAAGGAUGAGAUGGACCUUCCUGUACAAAUGAAUGGGUGAAAUCGUAAGUCUAAAUAUGGCAACUGGUAGGAAUGCAUUUAAAAGAGCUGGUUUGAGUUUUUCUGUACAUGCUGCCCUUCUUUUGGAUUUUCACACACAAAAGUCUCGAGUUGAAUUAGAAUGGUAGCAACAAAAAAAAAUUCCAGUAAGUGACAGUUUUGUGGAUGGAAAUGCCUUGUUGAUGAAAGAGGUCAAUGGAGAAUAGCCAGACUCCGAUAACCACUCUGUACAAUUGUAGUGAGCCAAAUAGCAUCUCAGAAUGCACAACACGUCCCACCUUGAGGUGAAUGGGCUUCAACAAUUGAAGACCACGACAGGUUCCACUUCUGACAGAAAGCUGUGUGUAUAUAUUCUUUAUGUAUAUUCUGUGUGUCUGUGUGUGUGUUUAUUGUAUUGUCUAGAUUACAGUGUGAAUUGUCGGCAGCAGCCAUGCUUUGGAUUGUUUGUGAAUCACUCUUAGGGUUUUAGGAGUCCUCAAGACGACUUCUGAGAUGUUGUGGGUUUAGGAGCUACUUUCAGCCUUAAAUUGUUUCACUUAUUACUCUUAUAUGAAAAAUUAAUCCUAUAACUAGUUGCUCCUAAAUUUCUGAGUUAGAAGUUACUUUUAGCCUUAAGAUUUUUUGUGAAUACGGGCCCAGAUCAGCAAUUUUAGACAUUUCAGUCUUUCCCCGCUCACACAGAUUGGAACUGUACUUGCAUGCAUUAACAAUAACUGUAAAAGUAUUACAAGGAAGUAUUACAAACAUGGUGACCUGAGUUGUAUUAAAGGGACUUUGCUGUUUUGUAAAUUGUUUGAUAAAAACACAAAGUUUUGGUCAUGUGGUAGUUUAUGGUUGAAAAGGGGAACAUUAAAUGUAUUUUCUUAUGAGGUUUUGUAUACUAUUUUGUGUUUAUUGCAUAUUUUGCUGAAUAUAAUGUAUGAAAUUACCAGUAAUAAAGAUUUUAAUCUUGUUGGUGA